AUGUCCGCUGUCAACGCCCUAAUAACGCGCUUCAAAUACCACUCCCUCCUCAACCAGGACCAAGGCGGCCGCCGCAUCAUCCUCCGCGGCUCCAUCGCCGGCUCACCAGCCCUUCUAAUCGCCGAACGCAGCGCCUUCGGCACAGAAGAAUACUACCUCUCCUCCCUAACCCGCCUGGUCGCGCACGUCAAGAAUCUCGGGGAGAACGACAUAUACCGCUGGUACCUCGCCAACUCGCUGCCGGACAAUACGCUGGACCAGCCCACGCCACCGGAUCUGAAAUUGAAUCUGAUCUAUCCGUGCACUGAGAAGCAUGUGCGGAAGUACUCCUUCCAGCAGCUGCGGAGUGUGCGGGAGACGCCGGAGGUUUAUGAGAGGUUUGUGCGGCCGUAUAUGCGGCGGUGCAGGGAGGAGGGACGGUUGACUUGGGUGUUUAAUAUUUUGGAGGGGAGGAGUGAGCAGGAGAAUGUGCUUUUUAAAUCGCAAGCUGGGGAGGAGAGGGAUGAUUACUUGUUGCUGCCAGAUCUGAACUGGGAUCGCAAGACGGUUGGGUCUUUGCAUUUGCUUGCGUUGGUGGUGAGGAGGGACAUCUGGAGCGUGAGGGAUUUGAAGAAGAAAGAUGUUCCGUGGCUGCGGAAUUUACGCUCGACCCUGGCCUCGACAGUCACGAAACUCUACGAGGGUGUGGAGGAGGACAUGCUGAAGUUCUACGUGCACUAUCAGCCGACGUACUAUCAUUUCCACGUACACGUGGUGCAUGUGAAUCUCGACGCAACGACCACGCAGGCUGUGGGGAAGGCGCUGGGACUAGAUGAUGUUAUCAGUCAGCUGGAGACUAUCGGUGGAGAUGGAGAGGCUGGGAUGAGUGGGGUGGAGCUGACGUAUACUGUGGGUGAGGAGAGUGAGUUGUGGAAGGAUAUCUUUGGACCGCUGAAGGAAGGGAAGGAGCCCGAGGUUGCUGGAUGA